AGAAAACAUGAAUGAUAUGUGAACGUAAAAUUUCGAUUAAAAUCUAUAAAGCUUCAAAUAAAACAAUUGGUAAUCAAUGUUUAUAUACCAAGAAGUGUUUGCUAAGAAUUUGCAGAGUGACUUCACAGUUUAAUAAAGACAACCAUUUAAGAAAAUGAAUGAGACGUAUUCACUAUGUAUCAUCAUAUUAUUUUUAUCACUUUCGUGCAAUGUGGCUUUGGUGGUAUCAAAGAGCUAUAAAGUAAACAGUGGUAGAAGUGGAAGUGGUAUUAGUAUUGGAAACUCACAUAACAACGCAGCAAAUUAUGGAACGCAUGGUAGUGUAUCAACAGGAAGUGCAAAUGUGAAUACCGUAGGGUUUAGUUCAAGUGGCGCUAGUGGCAGACUUGUUAUUAACAGUGGUAUAACUAGUGUUGGUGGAGGAAGUACUUCAAGUCGACUAUCAACGAAUGGUGCUCCGAUUCGGAAUCCCGCUGAACAUCAACUCAACAUCGGUUUAUUGGUACCACAUACAAAUUUCGGACGUAGGGAAUAUCUUCGAUCUAUAAAUUCAGCAGUUCAAGGGCUCCAAAAAGGACGCGGGGCAAAACUUACGUUUCUAAAGGAUCAUGAAUUUCAAACAUCGAACAUCCACUUUGACAUGAUGUCAUUGACUCCUAGCCCAACUGCUAUUCUCAACACUUUGUGCAAAGAGUUUCUUCAUGCAAAUGUUACCGCUAUACUUUAUAUGAUGAACUAUGAGUCAUACGGACGUAGCACAGCCUCUGCACAAUACUUCUUACAGCUGGCGGGGUACCUUGGCAUACCGGUAAUUUCAUGGAAUGCUGAUAAUUCUGGACUGGAAAGGCGAGCUUCACAAUCUGCCCUUCAAUUGCAACUUGCACCAAGUAUAGAGCAUCAGAGCGCUGCUAUGCUGAGUAUUUUAGAACGAUAUAAAUGGCAUCAAUUUUCUGUUGUUACAUCACAAAUUGCUGGUCAUGAUGAUUUUGUUCAAGCUGUCCGUGAGCAAGUUGGUGCUAUGGAUCAUUUCAAAUUUACAAUACUCAAUUCUAUAAUUGUUACACGGCCUAGUGAUCUCCUAGAGCUGGUGAAUAGUGAGGCUCGUGUGAUGCUGCUAUAUUGUACAAAAAGUGAAGCUAUUGAAAUUUUACAUGCCGCAGAGGAGCUACAAAUAACUGGUGAAAACUACGUAUGGGUUGUUACUCAAAGUGUAAUAGAAAAUACUCAAACACAUCCUCAGUUCCCAAUAGGUAUGUUAGGUGUUCACUUUGACACGUCAUCUGGAGCUUUAGUCAAUGAAAUUGCGACUGCUAUUCGGGUAUAUGCGUAUGGUGUUGAAUAUUACUUAAAUGACGUCAAAAAUACUGGUCGAAGAUUGGAUACUCAUCAACUGUCUUGCGAAGAUCAAGGCCGAGGUCGGUGGGACAGUGGUGAAGUAUUUUUUAAAUAUCUGCGAAAUGUAUCGCUUGAGAGUGAAUCAAAUAAACCUAAUAUAGAAUUCACCGCUGACGGUGAUUUAAAGUCCGCUGAACUGAAGAUCAUGAACUUACGACCAAGUGUAAAUAGUAAAGGCUUAGUUUGGGAAGAAAUUGGAAUUUGGAAAUCAUGGCAACAACAAAAACUUGAUAUUCGAGAUAUUGCAUGGCCAGGAAACUCACAUACUCCGCCUCAAGGAGUUCCAGAAAAAUUUCAUCUAAAGAUUACGUUUUUGGAGGAGGCACCCUACAUCAAUUUAUCUCCAGCUGACCCAGUUAGCGGUAAGUGCUUAAUGGACCGAGGCGUUCUCUGUAGAGUAGCAGCAGAUCAUGAAAUGACUGACAUAGAUAUGGGUCAGGCUCAUAAGAAUGGAUCUUUUUACCAGUGCUGCAGUGGAUUUUGUAUAGAUCUACUGGAGAAAUUUGCAGAAGAGUUAGGGUUCACCUACGAACUCGUGCGCGUUGAGGAUGGAAAAUGGGGAACAUUAGAAAAUGGUAAGUGGAAUGGAUUGAUCCAUGAACUGGUAAAUCGUAAAACAGACAUGGUGUUAACCUCGUUAAUGAUAAAUGCAGAACGCGAAGCAGUUGUGGACUUCAGUGAACCUUUUAUGGAAACUGGUAUUGCUAUUGUUGUAGCUAAGCGAACUGGUAUAAUUUCACCAACAGCCUUUUUAGAGCCUUUCGAUACAGCCUCUUGGAUGUUAGUUGGAAUAUUUGCCAUUCAGGCUGCGACAUUUAUGAUUUUUCUUUUUGAAUGGCUGUCGCCAAGCGGGUAUGAUAUGAAGACUGUUUUGCAAAAUGGUCAAACUACUCCAUAUCGGUUUUCUUUGUUUCGGACUUAUUGGCUGGUAUGGGCUGUUCUCUUUCAGGCUGCUGUACACGUUGAUUCACCUCGAGGAUUUACUUCUCGUUUCAUGACUAAUGUUUGGGCGAUGUUUGCAGUCGUAUUUCUCGCUAUCUAUACAGCCAAUUUGGCUGCGUUCAUGAUUACACGGGAAGAGUUUCAUGAGUUCACAGGACUAGAUGAUUCGCGAUUAUCUCACCCAUUUUCACAUAAACCUACGAUUAAAUUUGGUACAAUCCCAUGGAGUCAUACUGACUCCACAAUUUCAAAAUAUUUCAAAGAAAUGCACUAUUAUAUGAAGCAAUAUAAUCGUUCGAGCGUGGCUGAUGGAGUAACCGCUGUGCUCAGUGGUCAGCUAGACGCAUUUAUUUAUGACGGAACAGUUCUUGAUUAUUUAGUACAACAAGAUGAGGAUUGCAGAUUGCUCACUGUUGGUCAAUGGUAUGCCAUGACAGGAUAUGGUUUAGCUUUUAGCAGAAACUCAAAGUACGUAGGAAUGUUUAACAAACGACUUUUGGAAUUCAGAGCAAAUGGUGAUCUAGAACGUCUUCGACGUUUCUGGAUGACUGGCACAUGUCGACCAGGGAAACAGGAACAUAAAUCAUCAGAUCCUCUUGCACUUGAACAGUUUCUUUCUGCAUUUCUGUUACUAAUGGCUGGUAUUUUACUUGCUGCACUGCUUUUGCUAUUAGAGCAUCUGUAUUUCAAAUAUUUCCGUAAACGAUUAGCUAAAAAAGAUCGAGGAGGUUGUUGCGCGCUCAUAUCGCUCAGCAUGGGUAAAUCCCUCACAUUUCGUGGUGCAGUGUAUGAAGCGACUGAAAUCCUGCGUCGUCACAGAUGUAAUGAUCCGAUAUGUGAUACACAUCUUUGGAAAGUAAAACAUGAGCUUGAUAUGAGCCGGUUGAGGAAUCAACAUCUUGAAAAAACGAUGCAGAUACAUGGUAUAAAGCCUCCACAGCCUAAACUAGGCUCAACGAAUAAAAUAAUUCGUAUUGCUGGAACGACGGGAGCACGUGACCUGAUUGAUGACGGUUACCAACAGCCUAAUUUGUUCGGAAAUUUAAGCAUUGGGGGAAGUUCACAGGAUUUAUAUCGUUGGUCUUAUAAAACUGAAAUUGCAGAAAUGGAGACUGUGCUGUAAACUUGAAUAAAUCAUGUAAUAUUUUAAUACUGGCCAAUAACAAAUUGUUCAACGUUUACAAAAAAUGUAUGGUAACAUGAUCCAAAAUGCGAUUCUUAAAACAUGGAUAAAACAUUACGGACAAAAAGUACUUCAAAAACAAAAAUAAGAGCGAAGAAAAUCUGUUGCAUAAACAUAAAAAGAUAAUUCAUACAUUUAGAAAUUUUUUUAAUAUUCCAACACAUUGAACUCAUAAAAUUAAUGUAUUUAGUAGUAAUGAUAAUGAGAACAAUACAAGAUACAUAACACAUGGAAAAUUAAACUUGAUGAAAAUUUGGGCAAUAAAAUAAUCAGAGUAACGCAAAAAACUUUUUUCAAUUCA